GCUGACUUUGGCAAUCUCGCCUUAGACAAAUGUGUAGGCUCUGUAAUGACGAACUCAAUAGAUAAAUACGAUAUUCACAAAGCAGUUUUUCAAAAUGAUUUAGACGCCCUAUCGAGACUGCUAGAAACACACGAUGUCGCGGAGAAAGACAGACACGGAAAUACAGCCCUCCACUUGGCCGUAAUGCUAGGGAGAGAAGAAUGCGUUCAGAUGCUUUUAAAUCACAACGCUCCGGUUGAGGUUGAAAACGGACUGGGCUGGACGGUUUUGGAGGAAGCUGUCAGUUAUGGAAAUCGCCCGACAAUCGCGUCUCUUCUCAGAAAAUGUUGGCAGCAGUCACGUGAGGAAAUGGAAAGUACGAGGCCGAACCUAAUGAAGGCCUUUAACCAAAUCGGCGACUUUUACAUGGAGCUUAGGUGGGACCUUCAGUCGUGGGUUCCGCUAGUUUCACACAUUCUACCUUCCGAUAUAUGCAAGGUAUACAAAUGCGGGGCGAACAUACGAGUGGACAUGGCCCUAGUCUAUUUUUCCGAUAUGGUGCGCGGCGAUAUUUCUUUCAUUUUUAACGGGAACGCUUCACCUAAUCAGAGCCUAACUGUUCUCGACAACACUUUAAAGGUGUAUCAGACUAUGAAAUACGAGGAAAGCAAAAUCGAAAUUGAGGACGAAGUGGAUGCGAUUAUGUCAACCGAAAUAUCUGCAAUGGACAUUUCGACAAAAAACAUUCAUUUUAUACGUGCCCGGUCAGGCUGGAUCUUUCAGGAGGAUAAAAAGGAACUGGUAGCGGGCCAAUACCAAAGCGAACUAUACUCCGUACACGGCUUGGUUUUAGAAAGUCGAAUACGAAAGGAGCACUUAUCGCAUGACGCCCUACGGAAAAACAAAGCACUAUUUGAAAGCUUCAGGAAACUUUUUGAUAACCAAAAUAUCGACGACGCAGUUCCUGCACGGCGGGCGAGCCUGAGCCCGCCACCCGACAAGAACAUAACGUGGGAGGACUACCUGACCGCCGACGUCAACAACUACCCGCAACUGGGACGCGAGCGGGUCUGCAAGGAAUCUAAGAUACCGUUCAAGGCGACCAUCGCAAUGAGUCGCGACUUUCCGCUAUCGGUCGAGACGCUGCUCGACGUGCUGGAGGGGAUCAUGCCCAUAGAGGACUUUUCGAAGUUGCGCGACUUUAUCACCUCCAAAUUGCCGAGCGGUUUCCCCGUGAAAUUGGAAAUACCGGUGUUGCCGACGGUUACCGCCAUAGUUACGUGUCAGCGGUUCGAGUUCCGAAACAACAUGGCGAGCGAGUUGUUCACGACGCCCAAGGAGUACACCGAAGAUCCGACAAUAUUUCCAUGAACUGUUAAAUACCUUUGAAAUAAAUUAACACGAGCC